UUUUGCAGCAUCGGACACUCUUCCACCAUGCUGAUGGUAUUUUAAAUAUUUUGCUGAUUUUCCCAAAUUUUAACUGAAGAAGACCUUAAGAAUUUAUCCUCCAGGCGGAAAGUGUGACUGCCACUUAUCAGGCUUUCAGGAUGAAUCUGGAAAAACUCAGCAAGCCUGAACUCCUAACGCUAUUCAGUAUUCUUGAAGGAGAGCUUGAAGCAAGGGACCUCGUGAUAGAGGCUUUAAAGGCCCAACACAGAGAUACUUUCAUUGAAGAACGCUACGGGAAAUAUAACAUCAGUGAUCCUUUAAUGGCUCUGCAGAGAGACUUCGAGACAUUGAAGGAGAAGAACGAUGGCGACAAGCAACCGGUCUGCACAAACCCACUCUCCGUCCUGAAGGUGGUGAUGAAGCAGUGUAAGAACAUGCAGGAGCGCAUGCUGUCGCAGCUGGCGGCCGCCGAGAGCAGGCACCGCAAAGUGAUCCUGGACCUUGAGGAAGAAAGGCAGAGGCAUGCGCAAGACACAGCUGAAGGAGAUGACGUCACCUACAUGCUGGAGAAAGAGAGAGAGCGGCUGACUCAGCAGUUGGAAUUUGAGAAGUCCCAAGUGAAAAAGUUUGAGAAGGAGCAGAAGAAGCUGUCCAGUCAGCUGGAGGAGGAGCGUUCCCGCCACAAGCAGCUCUCGUCCAUGCUGGUGCUCGAGUGCAAGAAAGCCACCAGCAAGGCAGCCGAGGAGGGCCAGAAGGCGGGCGAGCUGAGCCUGAAACUGGAGAAGGAGAAGAGCCGGGUGAGUAAACUGGAGGAAGAGCUGGCGGCUGAGAGGAAGCGAGGCUUACAGACGGAGGCCCAGGUGGAGAAGCAGCUGUCCGAGUUCGACAUCGAGCGAGAGCAACUGCGAGCAAAACUGAACCGAGAAGAGAACCGCACCAGAACCCUGAAGGAAGAGAUGGAGAGUUUGAAGAAGAUAGUGCAGGAUCUGGAGGCUUCUCACCAGCACAGCAGCCCUCCUGAGCAAGCGAAGAAGCCGGUGACCAUGUCUAAAGGCACGGUGACCGAGCCUCCUGUGCUGGUGUCUGUGUUCUGCCAAACCGAAAGUCCGCAGGCAGAAAGAACCCAGGGGAGCAGCGCAGCCAAGGGGACAGCCACUGGGCUGCCUGGUCCCGCCACUCCUACUUACGCGUAUGCAAAAGCCAAUGGCCAUUUUGAGCCCGAGAUGCAGACUGCCCGGGAGCCAGGGGCAGGCAGCAGUGUAGAAAACCAAGUGCCUCCACGAGAGAGAUCUGUGGGGUCUCUGGGGUCGGCCCAAGAGAAAGCAGUGGAGAAUGGCGGGUGUCCUGUGGGAAUCGAGACUCCUGGCCCAGCACCUGGUCACCUCCCAUCCAGUGGGGGCUCGCUGUCUCCCAGCAGCACGGCCUCCUCCUCCCUCACGUCCUCUCCUUGCUCCUCCCCAGUGCUAACUAAGCGCCUGCUGGGGUCAUCAGCCAGCAGCCCCGGCUACCAGUCAUCCUACCAAGUAGGGAUCAACCAGCGGUUCCAUGCAGCCCGGCACAAAUUUCAGUCUCAAGCAGAUCAGGACCAACAGGCCAGUGGUGUGCAGAGCCCCCCAUCCAGGGACCUGUCUCCCACCCUCAUAGAUAACUCUGCAGCCAAGCAGCUGGCCCGCAACACCGUCACUCAGGUGCUCUCCAGAUUCACCAGCCAGCAAGGGCCGAUCAAGCCUGUCUCCCCCAACAGCUCUCCCUUCGGCACAGACUAUCGGAAUCUGGCCAAUACCGCCAGCCCAAGAGGCGACGCCAGCCAUUCCCCGACUCCAGGGAAAGUGUCCAGUCCGCUGAGCCCUCUGUCUCCAGGGAUCAAGUCCCCCACCAUCCCCAGAGCUGAGAGAGGAAACCCUCCACCCAUCCCGCCCAAAAAACCUGGCCUCACCCCUUCUCCAUCCACUACCACUCCACUGACCAAAACUCAUUCCCAGGCCUCCUCUUUGGCCACCACAGAAGACCUAGCCGUCAGCUGCUCUUCCCCGGCUGUUGUAGCUAAUGGCAAGGACGUGGAGAUACUCCUGCCCACCAGCAGCUAGUCCCUCUCAGGAGUCUCCACGGCUGACAUUCCACCGGAUUUCGUCCAAGAGCUCAGAGUCCAACCGUUGAGUCAGAUCAUGUUAUUUAUUUUGAUAGUAGCUGGAACCAUCUGUAGAGUCCAUUUAGUGUUUUUCGCCAUUUUGUAUUUUUUUAAGUAGAAAUUGAGUCCUUCAGAUUUUU